AUGUUGAAAUAUUUAGGUCAAUAUGAUAGAAAGAGAUUAAUAUUAAUUUCUCAUAACGGCAGUGGAUUCGACAACUGGAUCGUGCUUAAAAAUGCAAAAAAACUAACGCAUUGCCCUUUAAAAACACCCAGAGGAAUUCUAUCUUUUCCUUUUUCUAAUUCAUACACGGAUGAAGAUUUACAGAAAAAAUGGAAAAGACAGAAAGAAAUAAAGGGUAAUUAUUUACAACAUAUUAAUUUCACGUGUUCCUAUCAACACGAAUCCUCUAGUUUGGCUGCAUGGGGAAAUUCUUCCAAUCUUCCCGCGAAUUUGAGAAAGAUUGCCGACGUAGAUAUCGCUAAAUACACGCGAGACAACUGGGAGGAAUUGAGACACGAAUGGGAACCUUACGCCAAGAGAGACACUCUCUGUUUAGGAGCUUGUUUGAUAAAAUACAACCAAGUCACGAAAGAAGUUGUAAACCAGAAUAUGUCCAAUAAUCUAACGGCUCCAUCUUUAUCUUUAAAGGGUUGGUAUUAUUUAUAUCAUUACGAUAAAGAAAUGGUGGAAGAAGAAUGGUAUAAAACUACUAGAAUGGUUGCAAAACAUACCGAAAAAGAAAAUAUAGAAAAAGUUUAUUCGCAUACUAAUCCUUUUAUAUGA